CCAGUUUAAUCUCGGCAGCCGGUUCCCUGCUGGACUAGGGCUGGCCGCACUGGGUGGGGCCUCCUGGCUUUUGGGGGCCUCGGGACUUCCUAGAACUUUUUGUGUUAUUGCUGAGUUCGGACAAAGCGAACUUCAGGUUCUCCUGGAGAGUGCUGGGAAGUGCGAGGCGCGGAGUCACGGAAGGGGCGGCCGUCGUCCGUGCUCUCGGGGUCUCCCUAGGGUCCCUGCGCGUCUUCUGCCUUUGUGUUGCCUCGUCCCUUCCUGGGGCUGGGAGGCACAGUUGCAGAAAGUGACUUCUGUGCGCUCGUUAGCUACUGUUUGGAGGGAUUGAGAACCACGAGGUGAAGUGAACAGUAAGGGGCCUGGCCGGCCUUUUCCUGGCCCACUCGGGGAUACUGGUGCCCUUGAACCCGCCCUUGAACCCGCCCAGGGCGGGACCUGGGCAUUCAGCACUGUUUCCAAAGGCAGCAGUGGUGUGAGCCAUGGAUCGCAUUGGUGCGCUGGGCUGCGCGAGGCUGCGGUGGGCGCUGCUGGGAACGAGAGUGGCCUGCCCAGGCCUCAGUCCACACGGGGCCAGAGCCAAGGCUUCGAUGCCCAAUGCCCUCCCGGCGGCCGCCGCAGCCGAGGCUCCCCAAACCGGGCCUGGCGACCGGAGGCUGCGGAGCCUGGAGGAGCUUUCAGGACCAGGGCCGCUGCGCUUCUUCUUCCAGCUAUUAGGGCAAGGCUACGUUUUGCACAUGCACCAGCUCCAGAUGCUGUACAAGGCCAAGUAUGGUCCAAUGUGGACGACUCGUGCAGGACCUCAUAGCCACGUGAACCUGGCCAGCGCCCCACUCCUGGAGCAAGUGAUGCGGCAAGAGGGCAAGUACCCGGUACGGAGCGACAUGGAUCUGUGGAAGGAGCACCGGGACCUGCAGGGCCUGGCGUAUGGGCCCUUCACCACGCAAGGACAUCACUGGUACCAGCUGCGCCAGGCUCUGAACCAGAGGAUGCUGAAGCCAGCUGAGGCUGCACUCUACACAGACGCUCUGAAUGAGGUGAUUGACAGCUUCAUGGCCAGACUGAAAGAGCUUCGGGCAGAGAGUGCCUCUGGGGAUCGGGUGGCUGACACCGCUCACCAGUUCUACUACUUUGCCUUGGAAGCUAUUUGCUACAUCCUGUUUGAGAAACGUAUUGGCUGCCUGGAGCGCUUCAUCCCCCAGGACACCGCAGCCUUCGUCAGCUCUGUCGGGCUCAUGUUUCACAACUCGCUCUAUGCCACCUUCCUCCCCAAGUGGACCCGUCCCUUGCUGCCCUUCUGGAAGAGAUACCUUGACGGCUGGAACACCAUCUUCUCUUUUGGGAAGAAGCUCAUUGAUCAGAAACUCAAUGAGAUAGAGGCCCAACUGCAGACAAAAGGGCCAGAUGAGGUCCAGAUAUCUGGCUACCUGCACUUCCUGCUGACCAACGGACAGCUCAGUCCUCACGAGGCCAUGGGCAGCCUCCCUGAGCUGCUCAUGGCUGGAGUAGACACGACGUCCAACACAUUGACAUGGGCCCUGUACCACCUUUCAAAGAGCCCAGAGAUCCAGGCGGCCUUGCAUGAGGAAGUGGUGGGCGUGGUGCCAGCUGGGCAGGUGCCCCAGCACAAGGACUUUGCCCACAUGCCCCUUCUCAAAGCUGUGCUUAAGGAGACCCUGCGUCUCUACCCUGUGGUCCCCAUAAACUCCCGGGUAAUCAUGGAAAAAGAGAUUGAAGUUGGCGGCUUCCUCUUCCCCAAGAACACCCAGUUCGUGUUCUGCCACUAUGUGGUGUCCCGGGACCCUAGCAUCUUCCCCGAGCCUGAGCGCUUCCAUCCCCACCGCUGGCUGAAGAAGAGUCCGCCUGAUGCCCUCGGGGUCCAACACCCAUUUGGCUCUGUGCCCUUCGGCUACGGGAUCCGGGGUUGCCUGGGCCGCAGGGUUGCAGAGCUGGAGAUGCAGCUGCUGCUGGCGAGGCUGAUCCAGCAGUACGAGGUAGUCCUGGCUCCUGAGACAGGGGAGGUGAAGAGUGUGGCCCGCAUUGUCCUGGUUCCUAAUAAGAAGGUGGGCCUGCGUUUCCUGGAGAGACAGAGCUGAGCGGGGGGCCCCCGCCGUCCUGGGGCCCACCCUAGAGGCCCUGGCCCUGGGGCAGUGAUUUCUGGCCAUUGCUGUGUCUCGGAUGAGGGGGAAAGGGAGGCUGCCAGAUACCAAAGGUUGGAGGAACUCAGUGCACUUCCUGUAGAACCCUGAGCUGUUGCUACUUUUAUCAUUUUGUGCAUCUCCCUUCUAGAUAAAAGGCCAUGCCCUUGUCACAUUGCUGUCCUUUGGAAAGCAGAAUAAAGGAACUUUUGUGGUAACUGGA